UCCGCGCCAAAAAUAUCUGAGGAGCCUCAACUUCCACAGCCACAAACUCUCUGGAAAACCGAUCUUUGUCCUUCAUCUCCAUUUCCAUGUCCAUCUUCACCUUCUCCCCUUCUCCUUCUCUUUCCUUCUUCACUCCUCCAACUCCUCCCCGUCGUUCUUCUGCAUUUCCGGCGGCAACGCAAUCCUCUGCCAAUCUCAACACCGUAGCCGGAGGACUCGCCCUUCUUUGGUUCAAACAUGACCUCCGAAUCGACGAUCAUCCUGCUCUCCAUGCCGCCGCCUCCCAGUUUCCCGCUCUCAUCCCUCUUUACAUCUUCGAUUCCCGCUUACUUUCGCGGUUUUCUGAUGAAAUGCUUGAGAUUACUCUUCUUGCAUUGGAAGCUCUGAAGCGUUCGUUGAGGGAUCGGGGUUUGGAUUUGUUAAUCAAGUUUGGGGACGCGGAAUCUGUACUCCGGGAGCUUGUAGUUGAGGUUAAAGCUACACAUGUCUUUGCUGAGGAAGAAGUAGAGCAUGAGUUAUGUGUGUUGAUGGAUGGGGUAUCUCAGACAUUGUCCAGUCUGAUUCAGAGUCCAAAUCUAACAGUUUGGAGGACGCCAUUUUACGACAUUAAGAGCUUAGAGGCCUUACCUGCAUCAUACGACGAGUUUAGGAAGCUUCAACUUCCUGUAAGUUCUCCACUUUCUUCUCCAACAUUACCCUGUUUGAGACUGGAAUUGAACUGGGGUACCAUGCCCACAUUUGAUGCCUUGAAGGAAUUUAUGAAUAGUAAUCGAUUGUACAAACCAAGUGAAGAUUGGGAUUCGAUCAAGAAUACAACAGCUGAAGCUACUGUUCGGGCUAAAUUUUCUAAAAGAGGAAGCAAUGAAAAAAAUCCAAGUUCGAAAGAAUCUAGGACAGAGAGAAUGGGGAAAUCAAUUUUUUCCACACAAAGAGGAGUGAAUUUCCUGAGGGGAGGUACAGAAGGUCCGUUGAAUGCAUUAGCUGCAUACAUAAGAUACAAUGAGGGAACAUCUCGAGAUGACUGGCAAGCAUUACACGAAAUGGUACGCAAUUCUGAAAGCCGAGAUGGAGCUUCAUUUAUCAAACUCUUUGGUCCUGCCAUUCAUCUGGGAAUGAUUUCUAAAAGGAGAGUGCAUUAUGAAGCCAUCAAAUAUGAAAAGGAAAGAAAUGCUGGGUUUCUGUCACCUUUUGGGUACUCAGCAGGCACUGUUGCUGCAGCAGUUGAUGCUGUUCUCUCCUCAGAGUGGUAUUCACUUAUGUGUCUGAAGAGCAAAGGAAGGCAUUUGGGAAGCCUCUCUUAUCGAACUUGGAGAUGGAAUGGCUUUCUUGUUCAGUACACAGUUUAUGGAUGUGACGGCCCUGCCAUGCUUCUUGUGCAUGGUUUUGGUGCUUUUUUGGAGCAUUUCCGAGACAAUAUACAUGGCAUUGCUGAAGGUGGAAACCAAGUUUGGGCUAUAACAAUGUUGGGAUUUGGGAGUUCAGAAAAGCCGAACAUUGUGUACAGUGAACUAAUGUGGGCUGAGCUUCUUAAAGAUUUUAUCGUUCAAGUUGUGGGCAGACCCGUACAUCUUGUUGGAAAUUCAAUUGGUGGCUAUAUUGUCGCUAUUGUUGCUUGUCUUUGGCCUGCUUUGGUCAAAUCCAUUGUCCUCAUCAAUAGUGCUGGCAGUGUGAUUCCAGGAUAUUCUUCUUUGCCCUUCAAUAAGGAGAAGCAGGUUUCUGUUGCUGCAUGGCUGGGUGCUCGACUCCUUUUAACUUACUUAAGAGUGAAAACCAAGGACAUAGUGAGGAAUUGUUACCCUACUAGAACAGAGCGAGCUGAUAACUGGCUUGUCAGUGAGAUGCUGAGAGCUUCCAAAGAUCCCGGAGGCCUGGUGGUUCUGGAAAGUAUUUUCAGCUUUGAUCUUUCCGUUCCCCUUAAUCAUCUGUUGGAAGGAUUGGAGGAAAGGGUUCUUAUUAUCCAGGGAAUGAAAGAUCCAAUCUAUAACUCCAAGGCUGUGUUGGCGAAGCUUAAAGAGCAGUGUGUAGGGGUUACGAUCAAGGAAUUGGAUGCUGGGCAUUGCCCACAUGAUGAACUGCCUCAACAAGUUAAUUCUAUUCUCUGUGAAUGGAUACUGAGACUGGAAACUAAACCGAAGGUAGACUCACAAUAACCAUAUUUAGUACUCUUUUCAAGUUUGAAGCCAUUAUUUAUAUUGAAGUACUCUUAUAGCACCUGAUUUGUUUAUA